AUGUCCAAUGUUGUAAAGCUCGAGUUUGCAACACUUGAAGUUAGUGGGAAAAACUAUGUGCCAUGGAUGAUAGAUGUAAAAAUGCAUCUUGAGUCCAAGGGAAUCUCAAAUGCUAUACAUGAAUUUAAUAAUUGCUUGGCACAAGACAAGGCGAAAGCACAAGUCUUCCUUCGUAAGCAUAUUGAGGAAAUGUUGAGAUUUGAAUAUCUUGAUAUUACUGAUCCAAGUGUUCUCUGGAAUCUCUUGAAAGAAAGAUUUGGUCAUCAAAAAGAAGUUAUACUUCCAAAUGCUAGAGAUGAAUGGAGAACAUUGAGGUUUCAAGACUUUAAGAAAGUAAAUGAUACAACUCAGCUUUGUUCAGAAUAUGUUCACAACUCAAGUAUUGUGGACAAGAAGUUACUAAUGAAGAUAUGUUGGAGAAAAUGUACUCCACAUUUCAUGCAACAAACAUUACCUUGA